UCACACGUAAACAAGUUUGUGCAUGUAUAUACAAGCAGGUUCAGUGUUGUGUCUUCUUCACACUGUAAGGAAAGACAUGCAGAUAACUCACUGAGAAUCUGGACAGGUUUCCCAUCAGACACUAAGGCGCUCUUCUACUCUGUCACCACAAGGUGUGGUGACUGUGUCUGAGUUUAAGAUCCGUAGACAUGUUCGUCUUCAGACUAUGCUUGAUAGGAUUCAGCGUCCUGCCAGUUGCAGCAUGGACAGGCCAGGAUUUUAUCAGUUCUGCAGAAAUGGAUAUCUCUUCCUGUCCGAUUACCUACUACGGCCAAAAAUAUGAGACAGCAUUUGUGAACUUCAAUACAAACAGAUUUUCAGUUUGCUUUAGGGGUUCAUACAGACCGGGGAUUCAGAAUGACUGCAUUUUGAUAUCUGGUGGAACAGCGGACAGAGGCAACCUGUUCAUGCUCAGGAAAGAAAUUCCCACGGGAUCUGGAGUUCACAAGCUUCUGCCAAACCUUAAAUAUGCUGGAAAUUGUGUGAAUGUGCUUCCACUGAAGGAUAGUGAGCAUUAUGUGAUUCAGCAGAUUGAACUUGGAAACUUUGGAGCACAAUCAAUCCUGGGAAUCAAGACUUUAUUUAGAUACAGUGACGCCAAUCUGGUGGCAGAUGCCCAGGUCAAUGGACUCACCGUGUUAAAACAGACUUUCAACACCUCUGAAACAAAUGCUGGUGUUAUCACCGAAGUGAGUGGAUGCAGGCUUUCAGCACGGGUUUAUAUCACAAACACAACGGUGAUCGACCGAAGUAUCUGUUCCACUGUAACUUGUGAUGUGAGCGGAGUUGCAACAGCUGUGAGUUACUGUCGUCCAAUGGAGCACUGCCGAGCAGAUGGCCGCUGUGCCCUGAAACCUGUGUGCACUGUGACUGGAUCAACUGUCAUAGGCUUCACUAGCGCCCUUCACUCAGUCCCUGACCGCUGCAGCUACUCACUCCUGAAGUCUUCAUCCCUACCUGGCCUCCAUGUGCUGGGAAUGUUCACAGAAAAACGACGCAAAGAUUUGAGUUUUCUCAACCGUGUCAUUUUGCAGCUAAACAAGAAUGGUGCUGAAAUAUCCCUCGAGCAAGGCAGCAGAGUGAAGGUAAAUGGUGAAUUCCUGACAGUUGGUGCAAAACCGCAGAUAGUCCACAGUGUGGAGCUCUCCAAAGGUGAAAUGGGUGUGACUGCAACGUUCCAAGACUCCAACCACACAGUGUCUGUUGUGUUUGAUGGCAACACUGCAAUAAUUUACCUAUCAGGAUCAAGUGAAGUACCUGUGCAGGGUUUAUGUGGUAAUUCAAGCUCAGAUCUAAGCCAGCAAAAGCUGUCUGACUACAGUGAAACUGGCUGUGAGACGCAAUAUGAAGAUGAUGCUGACGGUACAAUCAGCUGCAACAGCACUGCAAAAUGGUGUAAGCUCCUUGAAGAGGGUCCUUUCACUGCCUGUAACUCAUAUGUCAAGCCGGAGCCCUUCAUUCAGGCCUGCACACAAACUUUGUGCAGAUAUCCUGCAGAGGAUGGUCUUCAAUGCCAGUUUCUAAAGGAUUACGCUGAGGUCUGCAAACACCAAAGCAAUGUAACAAUUGAGGAUUGGACAACAUAUACAAGUUGCUCUCUCGCUCCUCAAGCUGACUGUCAGGAUAUGAUCUGCAGCGCUCAUGAAUUCUGUGGUGUGGACAGCUCAAGCAGGCAGCCUCGCUGUCAUUGUAGGGCCCUUUAUGCUUCCAAGUACAAAUCAACAAACUCCUUUGGUGAGCCAAUUGUCUGUGGAGACAAAUCUGCCACAGUAACUCUGGCAAACUGUCUGCUAGAGGAUAAAGGCAUUGACUACUCUGUCUUACAUCUGAAUGACCAGUCCUGUAGAGGUGAAUUGGAUAACCUGACAAAUAUGGUGACAUUCAGAUUCAACAGUGGGAACACCUGCGGUACAGUGGUUCAGGCAAACAACAGCCAAAUUAUCUACAAGAAUUCCAUCAUGACACAGAACAUCUCUAUGUUUGGGAUGAUUAGCCGUCAUGACAUGGUGCAUAUGGACUUCUCCUGUCAUUACAACAACCCAGAUGUUAAGACUCUGGGCAUCAGAUUUAGACACAACUCUGUUAUCCAACAUAUUUCUUCUGGUGAAUGGAAUUAUAAUCUGACCAUGGAGGCCUACACCAGCCGUGACCGCACAAAACCCAUUGAUUAUGACACAACAGUUGACCUGAACCAACGACUCUGGGUAGAACUGAAGACAUUUGGACUUGAUGAGGACAUGAUAGCCAUCGUAACCGACUCCUGCUGGGCAACAGAUCAGCCAUCCCCAACUAGAGGCCUGAGAUACGACCUUAUUAUCAAUGGCUGCCCUAAUCCCAAAGAUCCAACCGUGCAGGUGGAAGGAAAUGGGCUUGGAACAUCCAACUCUUUCUCUUUUAAUAGCUUCCAGUUCACAGGAGGUAAUGGCAAUGUUUACUUGCACUGCCAAGUAGAGCUGUGUGUCAAGCAAGCAGACAGUUGCAUCCAGAGGUGCAAUCAGAUCGUAAGAGGCCGCAGAUCUGCAAGGCCAAAAUAUGAGGAUGAAAACCCAACCUUCAUCUCAGUGGUAUGGACAUAUUAGGAUUCCAUGGAAAUCCAUGGCGGUGGCAUUAAUCAGUUGGGAUCCGAUAUGAAGAAGAGUUCUUCUUCCAGUUGUCAAUACUGACUCUAUGCAGGAAUCUGGGACAGACCCUUUAUCCUAUUAAGUAAAUAGUAACCUUUGGGGAGUAUCUUAUAUGGUCUGGUGGUGGGAUGGUUUUACAAAAUUAUGGUAAGAAUGCAUAGUACUCAGUGUAGCAAAACAACAAAGGCUGUAAAAGAUCAUAAAACUUCUCCUGGCUCAUUUUCCAUGUCUUGGAUUUGCUUUAGAGGUCCAGCAAUACCUGUUCAGCUUAGGCCCACAAUCCUGUCUUUCCAAGUUUAAGCAUGGGGCACCAGAUAGUUUUCAAAAAAUAUAUGUUGAAAGGCUAUUCAUUUAUUAUCUGCAGAAAGAACCAAGUUCUUAAUCCUGAAACAAAAUUGAGAUCUUUCACAGUCUAAAUUGGAUUCUGCCAGGGCUACUUCCUGUUUUAAUUUCUAGUGUUGUUACAGACAGCUGUCAAGACAUGAUUAAAGGAACUUUAUUUUUGAUUUUCAUCUGAUCUAGGAAUAUGCCAUAGCGCAUUUGAGUGGAUAACUCAUUAUCUUGAUUCUUUCCAUAUCCACAAAGAGAAAAUUAAUCUAAUCUCAGUCUGAGGACAUGGUUCUCGAUUGGGAAUUGUUAAAUUAUACUGUUUGGGGUGAAUCUCUUUGUGAAUAUCACAAAUUUAACAGUCUAACAAGAUAUCAGAAGGAGCUCAGGUCUUUUUUAUUUAUAGAAACUUCAAAUUAUUUUGGUAGACAAUAUUUCACUUCCUCAACAAACGGAAGUUUGGAGACUAGUUUUGUAAUUUAAGACUGUAUUUGACUUUUUCCUUAGCCACUCCUUUGUCUUCUUGUUAGUGUUUUAAGCCACUUCUUGCAAGAAUGUUGUUCCAAAACAAUUUUUCAUGUCCUAGCUCAAUAAGGCUGUUCUGUUUUUUUUUUUCUUAUUUUAUGGCUAAUGGUUCAAUUUAUUGCCCAUUUUAGUUGUGAAAUGACCCUCCGCUCUCAGCACAUAAACAGUCCUAAACAAUAGUCUUUCUACAUCAGCACUUCACCAUGCAGACUGCACUCUUUGGGCCAUACCCAGUAUUUUCUUACACAGCGCUGAGAGAGCUUCAUUUUAUUCUCAUCACAAAGGCUUCUUGAAAUUAUUUAGAAACUUCCAUUAUUCUUGAAUUUUACAAUUUUCCAAAGCAAUUGUGCAUCAAUGAUUAAUUGAUGUUUGUACAUGAAAACCAAAUGUUUUAAUUAUAACCCAAUUAAAUAAAAAAUGCUUUGGUUUAAUUUGUUUUAUUCAAUAAAACAAAAUCUAAAAUGUUUAGGAUUAUUUCACAUACUAUAUAUAUACGUCAUACUAUAUGUCAUGGUCUUGGUUCUGUUGUUCUUUACUUUGUUCCUUGUGUUCUAGUUUUAUUAUGUAGAAUAAAUUUAAAACAAU